CUUUCCUCCUCCUUGCGGAUUGCGGAGCAUCUUGUCUGAAUUUGAAUAAAAACCUUUCCGGGGAGGAAGGCAUGUGUUUGAAGAAAAGAGGUUCAGGGAGAAAAAAGUGUUUGAAGAGUUUGAAGGGGGAGUCCUGAGGCUUGGCAGUCGGGAAGUUUCCAAAGCCGAAGCAGCCGCCGCCGCCGCCGCCGCCGCCUUGGACAGGACCAGCAAGGACAGUGGAGUGAGAUUAGAAAAGCACUUGGGAGGCACCUUCAUCUUGCCGGCGUUGUCAGGAGUGAUCAGCAAGUUUUAUUAAAAGCCCUGGGAUUGCCUGAAAAGCCUCCUUGUCUGGGUUUGAAAUGAAAGGGACAUGUUAAGAUCUUGGGGCACAUUUGUCAGGACCCCUUGCCCUGCCCCUUGGACUAUGAGCUAACAUCUCUGGAGGAAGCACAGAAGCCCUCUUUUGUUGAAGGGAUUUCGCCGGUGGACAAACGGAGUUGGCCCCUGACAGCAUGAGCGCUCUGACCUGGGGUGGGCCCUGUGCUUUGCCCCUGCUGUUGCUCCUAGGCUGGGCCGGUGCCACCUUCAUCAGCCUUAACCGUGGGCUCAGGCUGCUGAAGGGCAGCUCUGCCUACCUGUCGGGAGAUGACCUGAAGUUUGCCAUCCCCAAAGAAAAAGAUGCUUGCAAAGUGGAAGUUGUGAUGAACGAGCCAAUGACUCAAAGGGUUGGGAAACUCACCCCACAGGUCUUUGACUGCCAUUUCCUUCCCAAUGAAGUAAAGUAUAUUCACAAUGGUUGCCCGAUUCUUGAUGAAGACACAGUGAAGCUUAGAUUAUACAGAUUUACUGAGACAGAUACCUUCACAGAAACCUUUAUCCUGCGGGUCUUUCUCCUGGAACCUGACUGUAACAUCAUCCGUAGGAGUAACAAUGUCCUGGAGGUGUCUGAAUUCUAUGGCCUGUCCAGAGCCAUUGAUAAGAACCUGCUCAGAUUUGAUUAUGAGAGGACAGCCGGCCUAGAGUGUACAGUCAGGCUGGAUCCUGUGGGAAGCCGGCUGCCAGCCCAUGGUCAGAUGGUCCUGCUGGAACCUCGGCCAGAAAAACCUCGUGGAGAUCAGCCACACAGUUUUUUCCCGGAGUCUCACCUGGGAACAGAGCUGAGAUGUCCAGGUGGAAGCUGUGCCCUGGGACUGAAGAAAAUGGGAAGUGUCAAUGUGAGCUGUGAGGAGUUCUUGUUGAUGGGGCUUCGUUAUCAACACACGGAUCCCCCUUCUCCCAACAUUGACUACAUCUCUAUCCAGCUGGACCUCACAGAUGGCAGGAGCAAAAUUGUAUACAAGUCAGAGAGUGCGUGGUUGCCCGUCUAUAUCAGAGCUGGCUUUCCUAAUCAGAUUCCAAGGGCCGCGUUCAUGGCCAUGUUAAUUCUGGAAGUGGAUCAGUUCAUCCUGACCUCCUUGACUACAUCCGUCCUGGACUGUGAAGAGGAUGAGACCCCUAAGCCCUUGCUGGUGUUCAACGUUACGAAAGCCCCGCCCCAGGGCUACGUGACUCAUCUGUGGGAUCACACCAGACCGGUCUCCUCGUUCACCUGGAAAGAUCUGAGUGACAUGCAGAUAGCCUACCAGCCACCGAACAGCAGCUAUUCUGCGCGGAGACAUUACGAGGUGGAGGUGGAGGUUUAUGACUUCUUCUUCGAAAGGAGUGCACCUAUCACCGUCCACAUCUCCGUCAGAACAGCAGAUACAAAUGCCCCCCGAGUGUCCUGGAACACAGGUCUGAGUCUUCUAGAGGGGCAGUCUCGGGCCAUCACUUGGGAACAGUUUCAGAUUGUCGACAAUGAUGACAUCCACGCUGUCCAGCUGGUCACCGUGGGCGGCCUGCAGCAUGGACGGCUUACACUAAGAGGUGGGAAAGGAUUUCUCUUCACUGUGGCUGACCUUCAGGCUGGAGUUGUUCGCUAUCAUCAUGACGACAGUGACUCCACCAAAGACUUUGUGAUCUUCAGGAUAUUCGAUGGCCAUCAUAGCAUCCGCCAUAAGUUUCCCAUCAACAUCUUGCCCAAAGAUGACAGUCCCCCAUUCCUCAUAAGCAACAUUGUGAUUGAACUGGAGGAGGGGCAGACCAUACUGAUCCAGGGUUCCAUGCUGAGAGCAUCAGACAUGGACUCCAGUGAUGACUACAUCUUCUUUAAUAUCACGAAACCUCCUCAGGCUGGAGAGAUCAUGAAGAAGCCAGGGCCAGGGUUGAUAGGCUAUCCUGUCUCUGGCUUCCUUCAGAGGGAUCUAUUUAAUGGCAUCAUUUACUAUCGUCACUUUGGUGGAGAGAUCUUUGAAGACUUUUUUGAAUUUGUCCUGUGGGACAGCCAUGAACCUCCAAAUCUCUCAGUGCCACAGGUGGUGACCAUCCAUAUCACUCCAGUGGAUGACCAGGUUCCAAAAGAGGCUCCUGGAGUUUCUCGGCAUUUGGUUGUCAAGGAAACGGAGGUGGCCUACAUAACUAAGAAACAUCUACAUUAUAUAGAUACAGAAUAUGACAGGGAGCUUCUCUACAUGAUAACGACACCUCCGUUUUUCUCUUUCGGCCACAGACAUCUGGAUGCUGGGAAAUUGUUUACGGUCGACAGCAUUCCAAAGCUGACCAAAAAUCCUGCAGCGCCGGGGCUGAGAUCAUUCACUCAGCAUGCUGUGAACCACAUGAAAGUGGCCUACAUGCCACCCCUGCAAGAUAUAGGCCUCCAUCCGCAACAUGUCCAGUUUGCCUUUUCCAUCAGUAACCAACAUGGUGGCACUUUGCACGGGAUCUGCUUUAACAUUACAAUUCUUCCAGUGGACAAUCAAGUUCCUGAGGUGUUUACCAAUCCCCUGAGAGUGACUGAGGGAGGUCAAUGUGUCAUCAGCACAGAGAAUGUCCUGGUUUCUGAUGUGGAUACCAAACUGGACAACAUCUGCCUCUCCCUACAAAGACUGCCUCAGUGUGGAAGGGUGGAGCUGGAUGGAUUUCCUCUAAACACAGGAGGCACAUUUUCUUGGGGAGACCUCCGUGCCUUAAAAGUUAGGUAUCAGCAUGAUGGAUCUGAGAGACUUCAGGAUGACAUAUUCUUGGAGGUCACAGAUGGCACGAAUUCAGCAGAAUUUGUUCUACAUGUUGAGGUAUUCCCUGUAAAUGAUGAGCCACCAAUCCUAAAGGCUGACCUCAUCCCCAUGAUGCAUUGCUCAGAGGGCGAAGAGGUGGUCAUCACCUCUGAAUACAUUUUGGCUACUGAUGUGGACAGUGAUGACUUGAAGCUGAUGUUUGUGAUUGCUCGAGAGCCUCAGCAUGGUGUGGUGAGGAAAGCUGGAGUCACAGUGGAUCAGUUCUCUCAGGGAGAUGUCAUCUCAGGGGCUGUGACAUACAAACACACGGGUGGUGAGAUUGGCCUGGUGCCUUGUUUUGAUGCCAUUACAUUGGUGGUUUCGGAUGGAGAAGCUGGCCCGUCUGUGAAUGGCUGUUGCUACAAUGGGCCUCAUCCAUCUGUUCCUCUUCAUGAGUCCUUUCCAGUGUAUGACCUCAAUAUCACGGUACAUCCAGUGGACAACCAAUCACCUUCAAUUGCAAUAGGUACCAUGUUCGUGGUAGAUGAGGGUUUCUCUGCAGCCGUUACCAUUAACCAUUUGUCUGCCACUGACCCUGACACUGCAGCAGACGACUUGGAAUUUGUUUUGGUUUCUCCUCCCCAGUUUGGCUACCUUGAGAACACGCUUCCUUCUGCAGGUUUUGAAAAAAGCAAUAUGGGCAUAAGCAUAGCUUCGUUCCGGUGGAAAGACAUGAAGGCUUUGCAUAUUAACUAUGUGCAGGCCAAGCAUCUGAGGAUGGAACCAACAGCUGACCAGUUCAUGGUGUAUGUCACAGAUGGGAAGCGACGCUCCUUGGAGAUACCAUUUUACGUUAUCAUCAACCCCACGAAUGAUGAAGCUCCUGACUUUGUAGUGCAGAAUAUUACUGUAUGUGAGGGUCAGAUGAAAGAACUGGAUUCCUCCAUCAUCAGUGCUGCUGAUCUAGAUGUUCCCAAGGACGCUUUGCUGUUCAGCAUCACUCAUAAACCACGCCAUGGCCUCCUCAUCAAUGGGGUGCUUAGCAAAGACUUUCCUCAAAAUAAGCAGCCUGUGAACCCUGGCCAGAAGCAUGAACUUGUUCAGAACUUUUCCUUGGAACUUCUCAAGAAUGGACUGAAGUUGAUGUAUGUGCAUGAUGACUCAGAGAGCCUUGCUGAUGACUUUACAGUCCAGUUGUCAGAUGGGAAACAUAAGAUAUUAAGAACGAUUUCUGUGGAGAUCACCCCAGUUAAUGAUGAGAAACCAAUGCUGAGCAAGAAGGCUGAAAUUACAGUGAAAAUGGGUGAAACUCGUAUUAUUUCUAGUGCCAUUCUUUCAGCCAUAGAUGAAGACUCACCCAGGGAGAAGAUUGACUAUUUGUUUGAAAGGCUUCCCCAAAAUGGGCAGCUUCAACUUAAGAUAGGGAGGAACUGGGUCCCUCUCUACCCUGGCAUGAAAUGCACUCAGGAGGAAGUGGAUCUGAACUUGCUCAGAUACACACACACCGGGGCGAUGGAUUCCCAGGACCGAGACAGCUUCACCUUCUACCUCUGGGAUGGUGACAACAGAUCACCAGCAUUUGACUGUCACAUCACCAUCAAGGAUAUGGGAAAAGGUGAUAUUGUCAUCCUUGUGAAACCGCUGGUGGUGUCUAAAGGUGACCGAGGUUUCUUGACGACCACCACUCUCCUUGCUGUGGAUGGAACAGACAAACCCGAGGAACUGCUCUAUGUCAUCACCUCCCCUCCGCGGUAUGGCCAGGUUGAGUAUGUCCGCUAUCCUGGAGUCCCCAUUACAAGCUUCAGCCAAAUGGACAUAGCAGGACAGACAGUCUGCUAUGUACAUAAGAGCAAGGCAGCUGUCUCCCGUGACACCUUCAGAUUCCUCGUCAGCAAUGGCCUGCAGACCAAACACGGGGUGUUUGAGAUCACCCUGGAGACCGUGGACAGAGCCUUACCUGUGGUGACCAGGAACAGGGGGCUGAGGCUGGCCGAAGGCGCCACAGGCCUGCUUUCCCCUGACCUCCUCCAGCUGACCGACCCUGACACCCCAGCGGAGAAACUCACCUUCGUGUUGGCCCAGCUCCCACAACAAGGCCAGCUUUACGUGCGGGGGACAGAGCUACUUCAACACAACUUCACUCAGCAGGAUGUGGACAGCAGGGAUGUGGCCUACCGGCACCUGGGAGGGGACUCCCGGAUUGACUGCUUUACCUUUGUGGCCACAGAUAGGACAAACCAAGGCUUUGUUGUGGAUGGGAGAGUGGGCCAAGAGCCUGUGUCAUUCACCAUCCAGGUUGACCAGUUGGACAAAACAGCCCCCUACAUCACACACUUGCAUUCCCCUUCUCAAGUGGGGCUCCUAAAAAAUGGCUGUUACGGGAUUUACCUCACUUCCCACGUGUUGAAGGCAUCAGACCCUGACACCGAUGACGAUCUGAUCAUCUUUAAGAUUUUACGAGGCCCCCAACAUGGACAUCUGGAGAACACAACAGGUGAAUUUAUCCAUGAGAAAUUUAUCCAAAAGGACUUAAACAGUAAGACCAUUCUUUACAUCAUAAACCCAUCUUUGGAAGUGAAUUCAGAUAUCAUGGAAUUUCAAAUCAUGGACCCCACAGGGAACUCUGCGACUCCUCAAAUUUUGGAACUGAAGUGGUCUCAUAUUGAAUGGUCACAGACUGAAUAUGAGGUCUGCGAGAAUGUGGGCAUGUUGCCCUUGGAAAUUACCAGAAGAGGAUAUUCCAUGGACUCAGCCUUCGUGAGUGUAAAGGUCAACCAAGUGUCAGCUACAGUUGGAAAAGACUUCACUCUGACUCCAUCUACACUGAUUCAGUUUGACCCAGGAAUGUCAACUAAGAUGUGGAAUAUAGCAAUUACCUAUGACGGUUUAGAGGAAGACAAUGAGGCCUUUGAAGUAAUUCUGAACUCCCCUGUGAAUGCGGUUCUUGGCACAAAGACAAAAGCUGCAGUGAAAAUUUUGGACUCAAAAGGAGGGCAGUGCCAUCCUUCACAUUCCUUCAACCCCAACCAGCACAACGCACAGGAGAAGGGCAUUUGGUACCCACUGUCCCCAGGGUCUUCCUCACCCACCACUUCUGGUUCCUUUCAUCUGGAAAGAAGACCCCUUCCAUCUAACAAGCAGCCGGCAGUCACUAGGGGAGACAACCAACAGGGCUUUGAGUCUCCAGAUGUUUCUCGUAUGAAGCUUAGGACCCGGGGGAAUGGCAAAAUGGUUCUUCCAUCCUCUGUUCAUAGAAAUGGAACCGACAUCAUCUAUAAUCUGGAGGAAGACGGCUCUCCAUCUCACAAACGGAAGGCCAAAGUAUCCAUUAUUCGUCAGCCACAAAAGACAAGCAAAGAGGCAGAGCUGCCUCAGGCAGAUAAGGACCCGCUGCCCUCAUUUCCAAAGAACUGCACACUGGAAUUAAAGGGCCUUUUCCACUUCCAAGAAAGCCUCCGAAAGCUAUACAAGUGUGAUGGGGUUACGUGGAAAGCUUGGAGCCCCCAAAGCGAGGAGGUGGAAGGUAAAUCCUGCCCAGCUGGUUGGCACCAUCACUCAGGCUACUGCCACUCCCUGAUCACAGAGCAGAAAGUCACCUGGAACACAGCUGCCCGAGCUUGCAAGGAACAUCACCUGGGCAGCCUUGUGACAGUUCUCUCUAGACGGCACAUGCGAUGGCUCUGGGACAUCAGUGGAGGGAAACCCUUCUGGAUAGGUUUGAAUGACCAAGUGCGUGCUGGCCACUGGGAGUGGAUCGGCGGGGAACCUGUCACCUUCACCAACUGGAGGAAAGGGCCCCCUCAACGUUUAAAGCGUGGCAAGAACUGCGUUUUGGCUCAGAGACAAGGGAAGUGGCAAACACAGGACUGUAGGAAGGGCAAGGCUCACAAUUACGUGUGCUCCAGGAAACUCUAAACGUAACUGGCCUCACAGGUGCCCACCUGGGAUUUCUCACCUAUUUAUUCACAGGAUUUGUGCAUAUUGUUCAAUACAAAACAAGGUGUCAUGACUGACUUAGUACAUUUUUUUAAUCAUAGUAUAUGAGUGAUUCUAUCUAGUAAAAAAGGAACAUUGAAGAAUAUAGUUCCAGGAAGAUUGAUCAAUGAGCAUUUUUCAGGAAGAGAUACAAUUCUUACAUCUUAGUACCUUUCAAAACAAAUGCCUGAAGUAUUAUAGAAGAUGUGCGUACUCCUACCCUGACCCCACUCCGUAUCUGAGUUCACACCAAGUUCAUGGUCCUUGGAUUUUUUUUGUCCCAAGACCUCACGUUUUUGUCCCAUCCUGAAAUCUGUCCUGCAGGUGUUUGUACCACUUCAGUCUGAGGAAAGCUGACCCUACCAGCUCAUUAAAUCACAGCUGAACAGCAAAGGGUCAUUUUGUCCCUUUGGAGCCCUUUCGAAAGUGAAACCUGAGAUAAGAGGCUUGUAGAUAAAAAAGGAGAAUUCUCUGUGGUGGGAAAGGAAGGCUUUAGAUGGGAGAAUCUUGCAGAUGGAAGCUCAUUUGCAAAGCUCUAGUUCAGGUAAGAAUUCAGAGGCUACCUGUACGUCAGGGGUCUACCCAUCCCUACUCAUGAGACAGAUCUUUUUUUCCAGUAAAAAUGUUGACAUCUUACCAUCUCAGAGCUAAUCAUUACACUUCCCCCAGCCUUACAGAUUCAUGAGAAAUUUGAGGUAAUGUGAACCUCUCUUUUCAUCUGGGUAUAUGGUACAGACUAACAUUUCUCAAGGACAUUUGGAGUAGGGUUUAUGUGAGUGAUGGUUAACACAUGAAAGAAAAAUACUGCUUCCUCAGAAGUGUCCCAGUGAACUAUGUUGAUGAACAAAGAAAAAUAAUACUGAAAACAGAGCCCUUGAAAACCUACAUUCUCAGAACAGAUUUUGAUAUAACUUUGUGCCCUUAAAUCUCUAAUAUUUCUAGAAAUGGCAUGCUAACCUGAUUCUGUAACAUAAAGUUCCCUUAUUAAUUUAUAAUAUCAGCUGAAUGAAACAUUUUUGUAGCAGAAAAGUGUGUUGCAGCCUUACAGGAACUCCCUUCUGAAAUCAAGGUUUAAUUACAGGAAAUUAGAAAUUUAUUUCUGAAGCAUUUGCUCAGAAUUUUCCUUUUUUCAUAAUCACUGAAAAAUAUGGUUGUGCCAAAUGUAACUUACUCUAUGAGUAAUUCAGAGUAAUUUCAGAGUCAAAAUGGGGUUACCAAGUAUACCAAAGCUUUGGUGCAGGUUUUAUUAGAAUAACACAUUCGGUAAAACUAAAAUAAAUGAAAGAAAUUCAGUCCCGUUUCUGGAUAUAAAACAUGACAAACUUGUUUUAUUUCUGCUCAUUUAUCAAGAUUUUCGGUAUGAGAAAUAUUUACAAAGAAAAGUGGGGAUUAUGUUUAGGCAUUCCUACCUCUUACUUAAAUUUAAAAGCAUGGUGGCGUCGGAAGGCUCCUUACUUUAGGUAUCCCAAGUAGGCUCUAGACUGAUUACAACAUCCAGGUCUCUCAUACAACACAAGCACUCUCUGGUAUUUAACCAAAAUUUGCAAAACCCACCCUCCAUACCAGCUCCAGCCCUUUCUGAUCCACCGGCCUCUGCCAUGUGGGAAGGUGACAUGCCAGAUAAUGUAGCAAAGAGUUGGUUACCUAAAGAGUGAUAUCCUAGAAGGGAAAGUAAAAGCUCAAGAAAUAAAGAGUUCAGGGGCCACUCCCUGCUAGAAAUCCAGAGCUAUACUAACUAUUUAAAACUGGGAAUCCAGAACCACGGCUGUUAUGGAGAGAACCUGGUCAGCAUGGUAGAUUUUUAUACUUGUCUGCAAUGACAAUGGUGUUUAAUUGCAAAUGCUGGCACAAGGCGAGAAUGUUUUAUGAUUUUUGUAGCAACUAGAAAUACUAGAAUAAUAUUUUUAAAUGUUCCUGAUCAUGAAAGCAUCAUUCAGGUUGUAAAAUGCAAGUAAUUGAAUGAAGAUACAAACAAAAAUUCGGAGAAGUUGGGGGUGGGGCUGGGCAAUAUUUUUCAUGACCUUUAUUUCUUUCUCAUGAUUGCGCUUUGACUCAGGGGAAAAAAAGUAAAUGAUUG